GCCGGUGCCGCCAGGGAGCGCCACGCACCUGUCAGUGGUCGGCUCCGGUCAUCGGCAGCAGUGGUGGUGGAGCGUGAGAAGUGCGUCUCAGCGACGGCGGCGGCGGCAGCGGCGUCGGCGUCGGCCCACCUUGCCUGGCGUCAGUGGGGCGCGGCAGAGCCACCGAGCGGGGGACGGCGGCGCCGGCGCGGCGCGCGCCUGCAGUGCGGCGGGCGCGGCGGUGUGUCUGUGAGUGUGGUUCGGAGCGUCGGUGACGAUGGGAGCCCAGGCGUCGCACGAGCCCCUCGAGCAGAGUGUGGCACGGGACCAGACGGUGGCGCCGCCGGUGGUACAGGCUGCCGACCUGCCGCCGGCCUCCUUCACACGGCGCCUAUCCAUCCGAAAGUCACGGAAAAAGCGCAAGGCUGAGCGGUUGGAGACGGGCGGCGGCGGCGGCAACGGCAGCGGCAGCGGCGCGGCGGCCGAGCCGGCGGCCAUCUCAGAAGAGCAGAAGCAGCACCGCAGGAUGGACCGGCUGCGGCGCUCGCUGCGCGACAGUUUCCGACGCAAGAAGGAGCGACGCCCGGAGUCGGCGCGGCCGCACCAGUGGCAGGCGGACGAGGAGGCCGUGCGCGCCGGCACCUGCUCCUUCCACGUCAAGUACCUGGGAUGUGUGCAGGUGUACGAGUCCCGCGGUAUGCAGGUGUGCGAGGACGCCCUCAAACUGGUGCGGUCGCAGCGGCGCCGGCCGCUCCGGGGCAUGCUGUACGUGUCCGGCGACGGCCUGCGCGUCGUCGACGACGAGACGAAGGAUCUGAUCGUGGAUCAGACGAUCGAGAAGGUGUCGUUCUGCGCGCCGGACCGGAACCACGACCGCGGCUUCUCCUACAUCUGCCGGGACGGCACCACCAGGCGCUGGAUGUGUCACACCUUCCUGGCCAUCCGCGAGUCGGGUGAUCGUCUGAGCCACGCGGUGGGCUGCGCGUUCGCUGCCUGUCUCGAGCGGAAGCAGAAGCGUGACAAGGAGUGCUCGGUGACGAUGGCCGUCGACCCCGCCACCUCCAGCUUCACCCGGUUCGGCAGCUUCCGCCAGGGUACCAUCACUGAACGGCUGACGGACCCGCAGGAGUGCAAGCCGGCAGAGCCGGUGCCGGUGAAGCCGGUGAGUAACCCGUUCGCGGUGGAGCGGCCACACGCGCCGGUCGGCAUGUUCGAGCGGCAGGGCAGCUUCCGCGUGCAGGGCCGGCUGUCGGAGGUGUCGCCCUUCAAGCGGCAGUACUCGCUGCGGCUGAACGAGCUGCCGUCGACGCUGGAGCGGCAGGGUCGGCUGCCCGGCCUCGAGGGGCCCAGAGUGGCGCCGAUUCAGGAGGUGCCGUUGGCCGAGGACGAGCGGGAGGACACGGACAACGUGACGCUCCUUUGCCGCGAGCUCUCAUCCGGCCUCAACCAGCUCUCCGACACGCAGCAGGUGGCGCAGACUCGGCCGGCGUCGGCCAGCCCGGCCAAACAGGACGAAUGGCUCGCCUCGCUGGCCAACGGCAAUGCGGCCAACGGGAACCCGGCGCCGGCGCGGCCGGCCGGCGACUCCGGCUGGCAGCAGCCGCCGGCCGCCGGCGCCUGGAAGAGCGACCCUUUCGACUCGGAGUGGGCCCAGAUCGCCGAGCGGAACAACCAGGCCAACCGCGCCACCAACCCUUUUAUUGGCGGCGGGCCCGUCAAGGCGUUCGAGGUGCACAUGUAGGACGGGCGGCGCGACGGCGGCGGCGUCCAGGCUGCUUUCCAAGUGCCAUUUGGACCAAGGAUGGUGCAGAGCUAGGCGGUUGGAGGUGAACCAACGUGCAGCUGGAGGAUCAACUCGCGGCUUCGGCUUAGGUUUAGUUACUGAUUGCGCUCGCGCUCCGCGCCCGAUCCAGGGACCAUAUCGAUUGUAUUCAUGCCUAUGGUCGUAGACAUGUGAUGGAUCAUGGAUCUCCAGGCGCGGGAUCGGACGUCACUUUUAUAAGCCUUUUCUCCAGAGUCGCUGCGCGGACUAACAGGUCGGCGAGGACCAAAUCUAUGUUUUAACAUUCCAGAAUUACCUUAGGACGAUCAAUUUGUUGAUUUGUGUCUGUUUUCGUUGAAUUCCAGGGUUUGUUGUGUGUCUGGGUGGCGCCCCUCGUCGCCCGGCCCUCCGGGUGUGGGGGCGGGGGACGGGUGAGGUCACGGCCGCGUGCCGUGACCUGUCGGAGCCUUCUCCAGAGUUUUGUGCGCGCGGACCCCCGUCGAGAGCGGGUUGGAGAGCUGGUUUUCCGGCCGUACAGUCGACACCGCAGCAUUCCUGGUUUCGUUUGAGUCCCUGACUGCCUGUGUGUCGUGUGCAAGAUGAAUGAGGGCUAUAUUUCCCCGCCCAUGCGGACCAGGCAAUUGCAAUGUCAAGCCGCCCGGCUAGAGCGCCACCGGCGGGCGGGGCGGAAACAGCGAUGCGACUUCUGGCGAUAGAUGGCAGGGCUGACGCCAGGCUUUCCCGCCCCGGUAAUUUCAUGCGGCGCUGGAUGGCGGUGUUCAGCUGCGUCACUCAAAUGCAAACGAUGCAUUAUUAUUCAUGUGGCAGCUAGACCUAGAACAUGUGGAAUAAAGGACCGUUAUUUUAA